AACCAAGGGAGAGCACUUUACCACAUCAAAAUGGCGCUGCCGAGUAAGACAUUGUCUGCUGCGUGUAGACAAUUUUCUCUUCUGUGUCGCAGAUUUGUCGGAACUACUGCAGUCAGGAGCGUUCACUUCAGCUAUGUUCCAGAUACACCUGACCCUAAACACGGUAGCACAACUCGCAUGAACUUGUUUCAGUCCAUCACCAGUGCUCUUGAUGUCUGCCUUGGAAAGGACCCUACAGCAGUUAUCUUUGGUGAAGAUGUUGCAUUUGGUGGAGUUUUUCGCUGCACUGUGGGGCUUCGAGAUAAAUAUGGGGAAGCACGAGUGUUCAACAGUCCUUUGAGUGAACAGGGAAUUGUGGCAUUUGGCAUUGGCAUGGCUAUUGCUGGCUCCACAGCAAUUGCAGAAAUACAGUUUGCUGACUACAUCUUUCCUGCAUUUGACCAGCUUCGUAAUGAAGCAGCAAUGUUUAGGUACCGAACAGGGAACCAGUUUGACUGUGGGCGCUUGACAGUGCGUGCACCAUGCAUGGCUGUUGGACAUGGUGCACUGUACCACUCACAGAGUGUGGAAGCUUUUUUUGGACACUGCCCAGGGCUCAAGGUGGUCAUUCCACGAGGACCUAUCCAGGCCAAAGGCCUGCUUCUGAGUUGCAUUCGUGAUGAAAACCCCUGCAUCUUUUUUGAGCCCAAGAUCUUGUACAGAGCUGCUAUAGAGGAAGUUCCUACUGGAGACUAUGAGCUGCCUCUCAGCAAGGCCAGUGUUUUGUUGGAAGGUUCUGAUGUGACGUUGAUUGGCUGGGGGACACAGGUGCACGUGCUACGGGAAGUGGCAGCCAUGGCACAGGACAAACUAAACGUCUCUUGUGAGCUGAUUGACCUCUGCACCAUCCUGCCAUGGGACAAAGACACUGUGCUUGCAUCUGCAGCAAAAACAGGGCGUGUGUUGAUAAGUCACGAAGCUCCUGUCACAAUGGGAUUUGGUGCAGAGCUGGCAGCCACCAUUCAGAGUGAAUGUUUUCUGAACCUGGAGGCACCCAUUGAGCGAGUGUGUGGCUAUGACACGCCCUUUCCUCAUGUGUUUGAGCCUUUUUACAUGCCGGACAAGUGGCGCUGCCUUGAGGCUGUCAAAAGACUUGUCAAUUUUUAGCCACCAUUGUUUCCUAUUGGCUCCAAGAGAAGCUGAGAAAGUAUAGUACCAUCGAUGUAAGAGGGACAAUUGCAGAGAGCUGCACAAUUCUUUAAGAUUUAAGAUCUUGUAUUACAGCUGGUAUUAGCAAUUUACUUUUUAAAAUGUGCAGUAUGUAAAAGAUUUUGAUGGGCCUUUUUUGUUUUCAUUUGUAUCUAGAUCUAAAUGAAAUUUAAAUAGUUUUCAAUUUUCACUUGCAUUGUGAAGCAGUGAACUUGCUGUGAUAUGGAUGAAAAGAAAAAAGUUGUGAGAUAAUCUCUUAAAAUUAUGACGUUGACAAUAGAUUUUGGCAGAUGAUUGGGAGCUUGGUUCUGAACAUAUGGCAUCAGGUAGAAUUUCUAUUUUUGUGACAUGGUAUCGUCAUAUUUCGUAGGUUUUAUGUUAAAAAGAAUGAUAUUUGACAUUUUAGAUCUACGGGUACACUGUGAGUACAUGUGCGUGUAUGUUCACACGUGCGUGCGAGCUGUGGGUGAAUGUAUAGGUGUGUUGUGUGUGUCCAGCUUGUCUGGUAUGAAUGACCAGACAAAAUUUUCUAUCAAACAUAUGUAUUUUUUUUAAGUGCUGAUAUGCUAAUGGCAUACAGAAGUAAACUAAUUAGUUUGAAUUCUGUUGUUAUAUUUUACUAGAUUAUAUUACAAAACAUGUUUAGAAGUCAGUUCUCUAUGUUAACUCAGUGAAUACCGGUGACAUAUUGCAUGAGCCUGGCAGCUGUUGUGUUAACUUGGAGUGACCAACGGCUGCAUGAUAACUAGAGCUACAAUCCAGGUCCAGUAUAUUGAUAGUUUCAGCUGUUGAUGCUGAACUGAGGAUACAUUUUCCAAGUGAAAAUUUUUUCAAAUCUUUCAAAUAAAAGUGGGGUUAGAAGGGAGCUUAGAGCAAGGAAAUAAAAUAAAUGCAAGUCUUGCAUAGAUGAAGGAAAGGGGCGUGAAUCCAAGAAUCAAUGAAUCAAACCAAACUUGCACAUAUGCAUGUCUACUGGUACGUCAUUUAAAAAAAAAAAUUCUCUUUAGUUUAAUAAAUCAUGCCUGUUAAGUGUAGUUUCUGUGUGAUUCAGAGUACACAAAAAAGUCUUCUAAAUGAAUGUACAAAUUUAUUAUUAUUUUUGUUUUUUCACGAUCUGUUAAUAAAAUUACCAUCCCCACUUGUUUUCACUUAAUGAAAAACAAAGGGGAAUCACUGAUAUAAGUUAACCUUCAUUGAUGGCAGUGUUAAGCACAAAUCAAUCAACCAAUCCCCCUUGAUUAGCAGAUAUGCUUGGCCAUAGCUACAACAACAAUGUAUUUGUAUUUUGUUUUGUUGUUGAUUAUUAACAGUUUGGUUAACCUGAUAAUGAUUCUAGAUUUAAAUGCUCCUUAUGGUUUUUUUAAACAUAUUUUUACGUGAUUAAACAGGUUAUUUGGAAAUGUAUGCCCAUCAUGUGACCUCAUAACUCUUUCUCAAGUGAGGAGAACAUGACUAUAGACUUUGAAAUGAAAACAAAACCAUAUUAAGAAUCUCUUCAUUGUAUGAUCAUUUAAUGAAGUGUAUUUCACCUUG